AUGGUCAGUAAGAAGCCUCGGCGGCCUGUUGUCGACCUCGAAGGGGAGGACGAAUCGGAGAUCGCUGCGAUAGACUCUCUUAUAGCUGGUCAUGACAUCAGCAUGGUCUGUCCUGACGCCCCAGGCAGUGUUGAUGAUAGUGGCAGGAAGAUAGUGCGACCUGCAAUCAAGUACGGGGAGAGGCCUGAGCCUCGGAGGAAGAUUGGUGAGGAAGAUUCCGUGCAAACUAAAGCCGUACCGCCUCCCCACUACCGCUGCCAUCGUUGUGGAGAGCCAGGUCACUACAUCUACGACUGUCCGACCAAUGAUGACCCCACGUAUACGUCGAAGCAGAAGGUGAAGUCGGCAAGAGGUGUUCCUCGGCAAUUCCUCCGUAUUGUCACACGUGAGGAGGCCCAGGACUUGACAGAGGACGUGUACAUCCUUCCCAAUGGUGACUACGCCGUUAUGAAGCAGGUGUCCGAUGAGGAGAGGAAGAAGAUAGUGGGAGAGUCCGAGAAGGAGCGUUUAACGAGGGUUUUCUCCGACGCGGAUUGGCGCGUACAGGGCCUCCUACUGUCGUGUGGAAUCUGUCAUCAACUGCCAGUAGAGGCAGAAAUUACACCGUGCUGCGCUAAUCUGUAUUGUCGGAAAUGUGUGGUGGAACAUCUAGCGAAGACGCACUCUUGUGUGGACGGUACGCUGUGGCCUAAUAAGUGUCCGGGAUGCAAUGAGACGUUGAAGUUGUCAUCGCUUAUUCCCGAUAUACGUCUUCGUGACCAGUUACAUUUUGUUGCAUAUGGGAAGAGAUUACCCACCAGAAAGCCGCACUCUCUCGCACAUGCAGCCAAAGAAGGGCGUAAACGUUCAUCUGGUUCGAAGCUCCUGCGGAAGAGCUCGAAGAAGUCUCGAUUAGAGUUGAACGUGACCUUAGGGUCAUCGGCAGCAGCUGGCAGCAAUAGAGCCGAUAUGGAAAAGUUUGUUGUCACGAAGGUGGGGUAUGGUCUAAAGGAUACUGCAUAUAAUAUGGCUUCAGGAGAAUACGAUAAACGGAAGGGAGAUUUCAACUCCUCCCUCUCGUAA